GUAAACAAAGCUACUUGUCAACUACCAGAGAAUACUUUCAUCAUAAAUGAACUCUCCACUAAGUUGAACUUUAUUGAAGAAAGAAAUAUAAUGUUCCAGAGAGAUAGCUACCUGAUAACUCCAGGAAACUUCAGUCUCAUUAUUUUCAGUGAAUUUCCAUUUAUCUUUAAUUUGUUAUCCAAAAUUAAAUUAUGGCAAGCUGAUUCCUUUUUGAAAAAACUGGAGUCACGAAUUACACAUAUGUUUUCACCCGGAUUUUUACUUCGAGUCAGACGAAGUCACCUAGUUGAUGAUGCUCUGCAUCAAUUAAACCAAGCUGUAGUCACUGACCUUCGGAAGGAAUGAAAAAUUGAAUUUAUUAACGAAAUUUAUUCUGAGGGUUAUGGGGUAAAGUCCGAGUUCUUCUACUUCAUAUUUGAAGAGAUGACCAAGAAAGAAUAUGGAAUGUUCAUGUAUCCUGAAGAGGGUUCCUACAUGUGGUUUCCUAUCAAGCCUACAUUUGAGAAGAAGAGAUAUUUCCUCUUUGGGAUGCUGUGUGGACUCUCCCUAUACCAUUUAAAUGUUGUGGAUAUUCCUUUCCCACUGGCACUGUUUAAGAAACUUCUGGAACAAAAGCCGUCAUUGGAAGAUUUAAAAGAACUCAGUCCCCUUUUGGGAAACAUGACUUAUAGUCAAUCCAAUGGGGUAAAUCUUAAAAGAAAGAAACAUCAAUUGAGCUAUCAGCCGUUAAAGUGUGUAUGCAUUUCUUGGAUAUCCUAUAAAUUCGCAAUAAUGGUAAUAUGGUUGAUUAUUAAAACUUUCAUUCAUGUUUGCUACCUGAAUAUAUUACAGCUACGAUGGGACCAACAUAAUGUUGAUUUAAUUCCAAAUGGGAUCUCUAUACUUGUGGAACAAACCAACAAGACCGACUAUGUUUCUCAGUGUGUUGAUUACAUUUUCAACACUUCUGUAAAGGCAGUUUAUGAGGAAUUUCAGAGUGGAUUUUAUACAGUCUGUGACAAAGAGAUACUUAGACUUUUCCACCCUGAAGAACUAAGGACAGCAAUAAUUGGAAAUACUGAUUAUGACUGGAAACAAUUUGAAAAGAAUUCAGUAUAUGAGCCAGAAUACCAUGAAUCACAUCCUACUAUACAGAUGUUUUGGAAAGCUUUCCACAGAUUAACUUUGGAUAAAAAGAGACAAUUCCUCUUUUUUCUUACAGGAAAUGAUAGGCAGACUGCAAGAGGAUUACAAGAAAUGAGAAUCAGAUUUCGCUGUCCUGAAACUUUCAGUGAAAGAGAUUACCCAAGAGCACUCGUGUGUCAUAGUAUUCUGGACCUUCCUAGAUAUUCUACAAUGGAAAGACUGGAGGAAGCACUUCAAGAAGCCAUCAGAAGCAACCGUGGAUUCGUCACACAGAGAUAAUGACCUCUGGGAGUCUCAGUGAGGCCUCAGGUUCCCAGGUUCUCUCACUCUUCGAUUCAGAUGUUCUUUAGUUCUAAUUAGUACAAAGGGUUGAUGAUUUUAGUUAGAAUUAAUAAAUAAAUGUUGAGAUUAGCAAAAAGUGAUGAAUCAAGAUAAUAUUUUUAAUCAAUGAACAUUUCCUGAUCCCUAAACUUGUUAUCUAAUAUUUGCCUUUUAGUGACUUACUUCCUGAACAAUAAUUACCAUUUAAAAAUAAGGUGAAUAGUAAAAGCUAAGAGCUGUUUUUUAAAAUAUUGUGCAUCUAAUAAUCACUGCCUGCAAAUAUGAAAGUUUGAAAAAAUAAAAAUAUAAACUAUCUUCAUUU